AUGGAUAACAAGAUCUAUAAACUUGCUGUUAGAAGAAGCUGGGAAACUUUGGACUAUGCUAUCCUAGUUAAGAUAUUCAUGAAGCUGAGCAUCUUGGAUUUAGUUUCUAGUGUAUGUGGAGUCUGUGCCUCCUGGCGCAAGGCAUGUUCUGACUCAACUCUAUGGGGAACACUUGAUGUGGGUGCAUUGAAGUUUGGGCUCAUGAAUGUUAUCCAGAAACUAUCUGCUAGGCCAAUUGAGCAGUGUAAUCGGAUGUUACUGCCGUUAUUGAACAAUGCGUUAACUUUGAGUUACAGUAAUGUGACUCGUUUGAUUUUCGACAUCAAUCUGAACAUUAAGGAUGAGCACUUAAUCUUUGCUGCUGAAAGGUGCUCGAACCUUAAACGACUUGUGCUUCCAGCUUGGAAUCAAAUUACAGCAGAAGGUCUCUGUGCUGCUAUCAGGAAAUUGAAAGGGCUUGAGUCUCUGACUCUUCCAAGCAACUAUUGUCCAAAUCGCGUCAUAGAGGUGGUUGGUGCAAAUUGCUCGAACCUCACUGAACUCAAAUUAAUGUCGCCUUACGAUCAUGAUUUUGCGACUACCUUGUUCAUUUACAUCCCAAAUCUCAAGAUCUUGAGUCUGCGGUGUUCGCUGCUGCACAAAAAUGCCUUGAACAUCACAUUGAUGCUCUUCGACUUGGAGGAACUCAACAUAUCUCAUUCUAUCAUUGUAGACACUUAUCAAACUAGAAACCCCAUUUCGUUACACUGGGAGCGUGACUCGGUGACUGAAGAAAAAACCUCCCAGCUUAAGAACUUCUUUGCCUGUCAGAAUGAUGCUUGCAUAAUGUGUAUGCGUGCGUAUAAAGAUUUAGGACGGCUUAAAUGGCACAAAUAUGAGGAAGGGCUUUGGCGAAAUGAUGAGGUGAGUUCCCUUGCUAUUUAA